UUCUAGUCUCUAACUAUAAGUAUAGCUAUUACAAAUCUCCAAUUCUCACAUCUCUCUGUACACCCUCCUCAUAAUCAUGGCUUCUUAUAUUAGUUCUAGUUCACCCUUACCUGCUCUAGCCAUAGUCUUCUUCUCCAUUUACCUUUCCAACUUUUCCCAAAUUGAAGCUGGUCAUGGUAAUGGUGGGUUCAGUGUCGAUUUUAUCCACCGGGAUUCAAUGAUCUCCCCCUCUUACGACCCGUCGGUGACUCAUUUCGAGCGUCUGCAGAAUGCAUUCCGUCGAUCGGUGUCUCGUGUCAAUUAUUUCAAGCAGUCCUUGAUCUCUCCAUCUCAAGUUUCGACGCCGAUUUCCCCUGUAGGUGGAGCAUAUCUGAUGCAAAUAUCAUUUGGCACACCACCUGUGUCAAACCUUGCAAUUGCUGAUACAGGUAGUGAUCUUAUAUGGAUACAAUGCAAGCCUUGUGUACCAUGUUACAAACAAGUUGCUCCUCUAUUUGAUCCUACCAAAUCAUCAACCUAUAAAAACAUAUCCUGCCACACACAAGAAUGUGAUUUGCUAGAAAGUUAUACAUGUUCAUCUGAAGGUUCUUGUGGGUAUGAAUAUAGUUAUGGGGACGAUUCAUUCACUCUGGGUUUUCUUGCUACUGAGACAUUCACAUUGGGUUCCGCUAGUAGUAGUUCAAUCUCCUUACCAAAGAAAAUCUUUGGUUGUGGACAAGACGAUGAAGGCUUCUUUAAUAAGGAAGAAAGUGGUUUAGUUGGCCUAGGAGGUGGUCCUCUAUCACUGAUUUCACAAAUGAAAUCAACUAUUGGUGGUAAGUUCUCCUACUGCUUGGUUCCUUUAGACAAUGCAAAUGCAAAAAGCAAAUUGAAGUUUGGUAGUGAUGCUGUGGUCUCCGGUGAUGGUGUUGUUUGGACUCCAUUAGUGUCGAAAGAUCUGGAUCCUACUUUCUACUAUGUGACCCUUGAAGGAAUUAGUGUUGGAAAUAAGAGAUUGGUAUUCAAGAAGUACUCAAGGAAGGCUAAUGCUGUUGAGGGAAACAUUAUUCUUGAUUCAGGAACAACAUUGACAUUUCUGCCUUCUGAUUUCUAUGAUAAUCUUGUAUCGGAAGUGAAGAAAUCAAUUAAUGCUGAAACUGUUGCUGACCCUGAAGGGCAACUUGGCUUAUGCUACAAAGUUGGUAGUGGUAUCAAUGUUUCAAUCACAGCCCAUUUUACUGGUGCAGAUGUACAAUUGAAAACUCUGAAUACUUUUGUUAAGAUAAGUGAUAAAAUUGUUUGCCUAGCCUUUGUACCUGUUGAAGAUGAUAUUGCUAUCUUUGGGAAUAUAGCUCAAAAUGAUUUUUUGGUUGGCCAUGAUCUUGAAGCAAGGAAGAUCUACUUCAAGCCAACUGACUGCACCAAGCAAUAGUUUCUUCAGUUGAAGCUUAUAUGGAUAUGAACUCACUGUUUGUAAUAAUAAUAUUGUCAUAAUUUACUGCUUCAGCGUUAUUAUCUAUGAUGGAUUCUCAA